UGUGGGCUGACACCAGUGUGUCAUCCCUAUCCCUCCCCAGCUCCUCAGUGAGCGGACAGAGCCGUCGCGUCCGCCUCGCAGCCUACCGCGUCGCCGUGUUGGAUUGCCUUCCAACUUUUCCCGACCAUACGAUCGGAUUGGCUGGGCUAAACACUCAGAUUCAUAUCCUGAUUGGCCAACUCGGACAUGACCCAUUGCAACAUGGAUGUGAUUGGAUGGUUGUGGAUCCUGGCCCUUGUCCUCUGCACACAGAAUGAGGUGUUUGUGAAGGCGAGUCUGGAGGUGAAUGAGACCCAACAACAACCAUAUCCCACCAACGUGUACCACGACCUGGGGGUCACCAGGAACAAGAUAGUCACCGCACAGUUUGAGUGCUAUCAAAAGAUUAUGAAGGACAACAACCCCAAAGGCCCAGGUUCUGAGUCCAUGUGUAACCGAACCUGGGACGGGUGGCUCUGUUGGGAGGACACGACUGCAGGCUACACCUCAGAGCAGAGCUGCCCUGACUACUUCCAGGACUUUGAUCCUUCAGAAAUGGUGGUGAAGAUCUGCACUGACAGUGGCAGUUGGUUCCUCCAUCCCGAGAGCAACAGGACGUGGACGAACUACACCCGCUGCAACGCACACACUAACGAAGGACGGAUGACUGCAAUGAAUCUUUUGUACUUGGCGUUCAUUGGACAUGGGCUGUCGGUGACCUCCCUGAUAAUCUCACUUGGAAUAUUCUUCUAUUUCAAGAGUUUGAGCUGCCAACGGAUCACCCUCCACAAAAACCUGUUCUGCUCCUUCGUUCUGAAUUCUAUUAUCACCAUCAUUUCGUUGACGGCUGUUGCAAACAACCAGGAACUGGUGCAGAGAAAUCCAACCAGUUGCAAGGUGUCCCAGUUCGUACUCCUGUACCUGUUUGGCUGUAACUACUUCUGGAUGCUGUGUGAGGGAAUAUACCUGCACACGUUGAUCGUGGUGGCCGUGUUUGCUGAAAAGCAGCACCUGAUGUGGUACUAUCUCUUAGGAUGGGGCUUCCCGCUCAUUCCAGCUUGUAUACACGCCGUGGCUCGUAGCUACUACUACAAUGACAACUGUUGGAUCAGCUCCAACACCUCCCUCCUCUACAUCAUCCACGGACCCAUCUGCGCUGCGCUCCUGGUGAACCUCUUCUUCCUGCUCAACAUCGUGCGGGUGCUCAUCACCAAGCUGAAGGUGACCCACCAGGCAGAGUCCAGUCUGUACAUGAAGGCUGUGAGGGCCACCCUGAUCCUCAUCCCGCUCCUCGGCAUCCAGUUUGUCCUGCUGCCCUACAAGCCCGCGGGACGGGUCUCCUCCGAGAUCUACGACUACAUCAUGCACAUCCUUAUGCACUACCAGGGCCUGCUGGUUGCCACAAUCUUCUGCUUUUUCAAUGGAGAAGUGCAAGGGGUUCUACGGCGGCACUGGAACCAGUACCGCAUCCAGUUCGGCAGCGGGCUGGGCUCCCACUCCGACGCCCUGCGGUCGGCCUCCUACACGGCCUCGUCCAUCACCGAGGUGCAGGGCUGCUACAGCAUCGACGGCAACUCCGAGCACAUGAACGGAAAGGGAUUCCACGACCUGGAAACGUCGAUCUUGAAAGCCGAUAAUCUUGACUCCUGAACCAAUGGGAUCUUUCUUCUCAAAGGCCCCGAAGCAGCGGAGCCCUCAAUGCCCCUCAGCUCCACCCCUCCGUUGAAGGCUCCUUGGCAGUUUGCUGCCUUUGGAGGUAACUGCUGCCCCUGAAUGGUUCUAGGGCCCCUGAAUGGUUCUAGGGCCCCUGCACAGUCCUAGGGCCCCUGCACGGUUCUAGGGCCCCUGCACGGUUCUAGGGCUCCUGCACAGUUCUAGGGCCACUCAAUGGUUCUAGGGCUUCUGCAUGGUUCUAGGGCCACUGCACAGUCCUAGGGCCAAUGCAUGGUUCUAGGGCCACUGCACAUUCCUAGGGCCAAUGCAUGGUUCUAGGGCCACUGCACAAUCUUAGGGCCAAUGCAUGGUUCUAGGGCCCCUUAAUGGUUCUAGGGCCACUGCACGGCUCUAAGGUCAUUCAGCGGUUCUAGGGCCACUGCACAGAUCUAGGCUCAUGGAUGGUUAAAGGGCAAAUAACGGUUCCUAGGGCAAUCAAAUGGAUCCUCGGGCCAUUGCAGUCCCCUUCCCCCCACUAAUUCCACACCCAUAGCUCAACACCUACAGACUUGACCGGCGUCGUACAGGAUUUUCGGAUAAUGGAUGACCGCUGUGUUGAAUAGUUGGAGAUCCUGCUAUUCUUUGCUGAGGUGAUGAAGGUGAUAAAGAAGGAGAGCAUAGACGACAAACUGACUGACAACAAAACCAUCUUUCUUUUAUUUUACUUGCAUAAGCAUGUUGCCUGGGAACAUUCUAGUUUAUCAGCGCUGUGCAAACAAAACCCCUCUCAUGAUUCUGUACACUGUGUAAACCUUGUUACUUUGUUGUACUGCAGAUUAUGUUUUUCUGUGCCUUUUUUUACCUUGCACCGUAAGAUCCAAUUUUCCCACCAAAUUGCCCAGUUCACAUACCUCACUCAAUAUGUACUCUUGGGUUUUGUUUCACGCAUCAAUACCAACCAGUUGUUAAUCAUGGUUACAAUGUAAGUCUUCCGGUUGUAUUAACUCUCAUCACAAAAAGGGGAAACAUUUUCGUGAACUCAUUUGUACAUAGUUGUUAAACUGAAGGUUAGAUCACCACUGAAGGACAUUUCUUCAAUUCUCUUUUGUUUUAUUUGUUUUAAAUUGAUUAAUGUAUUGUGUAUAAGCUUUGCCAAAAAACAUUUGUUGCUGCUUUUUGUAAAAAGUAAUCGUUAACACCCUACAAUGCACAAGCCAAUGUACAUAUAUAUAGAGCUACCACGAAAUAGCUACAACAUUUCUAUAUUGCACAAAUACCAAGCAGUAGUACACAAAGACUACUUCAAUACCUACAUUCAUUUUGGUACAUGUUUGCCAUAUGAAGACAUUAACGUAUGUACACCUUCCUUUUAAAUCUGGAGCUUAUGUCUGGUGGACAUAGUAAGACACUAGGCUUAUCGUGAUGUCGGGCAGCAUUCUGGCAGCCCUAGACUUAGACUUGUUUCUGCUCAUAAUCGCUCGACUUGCACAUGUACUGUCGCUGACUUCACAGUGCAUAACAUUCCAAUCACCUAUUUGUUCGUCAGUUUAUCCUUCGAUCACGCAACACUCUUUAUGGUCAAUUACUACCAAUAGUCAUAGUCAUAUCGACAUUGGUAUCAGAAACAAUGGUGUUUUGCAUGGUUUUAUGGGUGGUAGGACCUUUCAAGACUGUAUGUCAAGUAUCUGUUAUGUCCAUGGCUGCAUUGCGUUAAGUAUGCGUUUAAUGGUUAAAGAUUUAGAAUUUAUUUUAUUAUUUAAGUGAAACCUGGUCUUUCAAUCUUGGCACAUAUUUCAACCAAUUCUGCUGUCAUUUUCCCUGUGUGGAAUUCUAAUUGAAAACUAUUUUUCUAUUCAAAAUAGAUCUACAUAUGUCAUUUAUGACUCCAAAUGUUGUAGGAAACAACAAUUUGUUCAUGUAGAUUUAUUAUCUAUAAAUUAGCAAACAAGGUCAUGGUUUGGUUCGUCUUUAUACAAUAUCUAAUAGGAUUAGCAUUGUUUAGAUCAUGAACCAAUCAUGAACUGAUAUGAUUGUGUUUGCUGCAGAGAUAAGUUUGGUUAGAUUUGGCUUGUAUUUUGGAGAGGGGUUGGGGGGUUUGUUUCCAAGAAAGGGGGUGGACUGUUAAUGGAACCUGGAUUCACAUGUUGUUUAGUAAUGUCCAGUGUCGAUCGUCCUUCCUUUGUUUUUUUCUAUUUGACUGGUGUACAAUUUCUCUGUAGAGAGGGACUCUGUAUAGCGGUGUUUUAAACUGAAUUGCACAAUCACAGCAGUAUCAUACUAAAAGGUUUCUGAAGCACUUACUGUUAGUAUUAAAUUGUUUGCAGAAGCUUUGAGGAUGGGGGAGGAUUUUGUCUCAUGACUUCUGUCCGUGUCCUCAGAUUGCCAGAGACUGAACUCUGAACGUUAAUUGAAAGAGCUCAUCCAACCUUUUCUCACAUAACUAUUUCCCCCGUGAAGGUCUUCUGGGUAACAUUAUCCUGACAGUUUAUCAGUUUGGUUUGCUACGUUGAGCUCGACCCCGUGUUGUCUGUUAGGAUGUGUACUUUUGGUUUUGUUUGUUUGUUUUCUCUAUUUAUCCGUUUUUUUCCCCCCCCGGACAGGGACAGACCACAUAAAUGUGCUUUUGUUUUACUACGGAACGAGUUAGCUAUGAGGCUAAUAUUCAAAGGGUGCAUUUCUGCCUCUUUAGCAACAUAGUUGACUUUCAGAAUUACAGUAUACAAAUACAAAGCUGAUGAAGUUAACCAUGUUGACUGUGGCUUUUUGUUCUUAAUAAUGUUGUUGAUGUUUAAUUUUCUGCAGGACAGUUUUAGCACAUUACCCACUUACUCUUAACCAUCAUUCAGUUAUUUUAUGAAUUGUUACAAAGUCUUCAUGAAACAUUAUUAUCCGCGUUUAGUGUACAUUAUAACCAUUUAAUAAGCACACGUUUGUUAAUAUAAACAAAUUACCAAAUGUAGUUCUAUGUGAACCUUUACGUUGUGUGUUAUUUUCUUGAGGCUAUACUUAUUUUAGAUGGGUUUCCAAAGGUCUUAUGAAGUCUUUAUGAAGUCUCAAGUGUGGCUUUGGAUUUAUGGGAUUCAUGACAAAUGCAUUGAGGACGAUGUCUGUAAUAUCUGAUUUUACUCUACUGUAUGUAUCUUUGGUGUAUCAGAACACCAUGUCUCCACACUACUGUCUGAAUGUACAUGGUGGUGUUGUAUCAUAUAAGUUUCGAAAAAAAUAAGCAUAUUUACAUAUUAUAUAUAUUUUUUAUUGUAUUUUAUUGAAACAGACAAUGUUGCUAUCUUGUGUUUAUCUGAUGAAACUAAUACAGCAUAGCAAAGCCUUAGCAACCAAA